AUGGGCACGCGGGAGGUGUACGAGGAGAAGCUCCGCAGCGGCGCGCACCUCCACCGCGAUCCCACCAUCAACCCAGGCCUCGGCUCGCCCCGGUGCCCGCGAUGCCUCUCCCUCCUCAACCCCACCGCGGGAGAGAGGGACUGGGCCAUCACCUCGGUCCUUCACGACGCCACCGCCGUGGCUGGCUCCGGUGCAGGCGCUUUGCUCAGUGCUGUGCACGGGUUUAACACAGGGAUCCCUUUUGUCCAGAAGCAUGUGAAAGGGACGAAGUGGCUGCAGUUGCUUGUUGGGGUGCCACCGCUGCUGAUGUUCUCAGGCGCCAGUGCUGUAUUUGGUGCAUAUGCACUGCCAAGAUUUGCUCAGCUCACCGUGACGUCUUACUACGCGGCAUCAACUGGCUCGCAGUACGUGGUUUCACAGAUCACACGGCAGAUCGAAAGAGCUCAUUUCCAAGAAUCUGACGAGAAGUCUAGAUGA